AUGAGUGUUUCGGUGCAGAACAUGGAGGAGGCGGCAGCAAUCGCGACAGAAUACAUUUCAAGCAUCGACAAUCUACCAAAUGAAGUCCACCACAUCCUUCAAGAGAUUCGCCACAAAGAUAUGCGCUACCAAGAGAUUCAGCAGGAGCUGUCGCGGGAUCAAGCUAGGUUCAUUCGUCAUUCCCUCAGGCAUCCGUCGCCAUCGGCGAACACGCCUGGCAGCGUGUCUGCUACGUCGCCGACGGUAGAUUCACCUGUCGGGCAAACGCCUACCGGUACCAACGGGAGUUCGAGGCUUCUUAUCCCAUCUAAGGUAGAGGAUGCGUACAAGGAACUGAACCAACUCGCGGAUGAGAAGAUCGCGCUUUCGCAGCGAAUUAUUGAAGUCCUAGCUCGGUCGAGAGCUAGACUUGACUUCGAUCUUGCCAAAGUGCGUGCUCUCCAAGGAGAGAGCGAGAUCCCGAACACCAGGUCAUACCAACCGUACAGCGGUGCAAGUACUCCUCUACCUAUUGUCGACUCUAUAACUCUCAGUGCUCCUCCCUCCCUUGGCGAGAAUCUCAGAAAUUCUUUGCUUGCUCCAGAUGUGCUUCCUCUGAGUCCAGCUGCGACCGCUGCCGCGAUGGGAAGCGUCCCGAAAAAGCGUCGGAUAACCGUGACCAACUCCAUCAAGCUUCCUAGUCCCAUCCCACAGGCAUCUAGCGUUGGCGCAUCAUCUGCGUCCUCCAGGUCACGCCUGUCUCGGCAAGCCCAUAUACCGCGUCCUCCGGAUGAGGAUGUACUCGAGCUGGACAUUGACCCUGACGCCGAGGGGGACGAGGACCUCGAGGCCGACGAUGCAGAAGACACUACCAUCUAUUGUUUCUGUCAAAAGACGGGUGCCGGGGAGAUGAUGAUAGGCUGCGACAAUCCAAGCUGUUCAUACCAAUGGUUCCAUAUCUCGUGCGUUGGUGUAAAGCAACCCCUUCCGGACAAAUGGUAUUGUCCGGAGUGCAAGAGCAAGGGGGCAGGUGCUCCUGGUCGAAAGGGGAGGAAGAAGACGUCGUGA